AUGCCUUCAACUGGGCUUCAAGCCCUCAUUCUUUGCGGGCCUGGCUCGUCCUUCCCGACAUUCACCUCAAACCCUGAUGAGAGUCCGAAGGCCCUUCUACCUAUUGCUAACCGACCUAUGGUCUGGUAUGCGCUCGACUUUUGCUACCGAACUGGCAUCACAGACAUAAAUCUCAUUUGCCCACCGACUGCUUCUGCAACUAUCUCUACGGCUCUUAACACCAACCCUCACCUGACUGCUCUACCCCUGCCACGACCUGACAUCCUCUCACCGGCAGACCUUGAUCAGAACACAGGCACCGCCGAGAUCUUGCGACUACCUGAGGUCAGGUCGAUUAUCACCGGUGACUUUGUAGUCCUGCCUUGUGACUUGGUUUGCGAGCUUGGGGGAGACAAGCUUCUUCAGUCAUGGAUGGUCAAGUCAGCUAGCCUAACAGACAUGUUGGGAACUGCCAGGCUCUCCAAUGGCUAUCGAUCUGUUCACAGCGGAGCUCUUGGUGUCUGGUAUGACACAAAGGCUGUUGCUCCCGUCAAGAAGGAGGAGACCGACUUCAUUGCAACAACUCCCCUGCCCUCAUCUCCAGUCACGCCACCCAGGGGAUCACUCUUCUCAAACCUAUCCAAGCUCGUCUACUCCAUGCCCACAGACUCUUUGAAGGAUCUGACAGGAGAGAGGAACUCGCUUCCAGUCCGCCACGGUUUGUUGCGCAAUCAUUCUCGCGUACGAAUGUUCACCACACACCGCGAUGCCCACAUCUACAUCUUCCCCCGAUGGGUUCUCGAUUUUAUCAAGGACAACGAUCGCUUGGAGAGCAUCGGCGAAGAUGUUAUCGGAUGGUGGGCAAAGGCCGGCUGGCAGACAGGUCUCGCUGAGAAGCUCAACCUGGAAAGCGCGUGUAGUCAGGGUCGGGUUGAAGAGCCAGAAGAUGAUGAAGGUUCAUCAUCGUCUCCCAGAGAUUCCAGUCCAAACAACAAGCCCAGCUUAGGAAACCCAGUCUCCCACGACGAGAGCGCAACACAGACACCAAGCAUUACGGUCGAUGACAAAUCUAGCUCGGUUAGCAAAAAGGCGAACUCGUUUGAAGUGCCACCGAUUGUUGCUUACGUCCACCCUGGUGGGGAAUCUGCGCCCUUAAUCCGACGUGUAGAUACUGCACAACUCUUGCUUGCUAUUUCUCUCCAACUAGCUAAGCUCCCAUCGCUUGAGGAGACUGGUGGGGAGUCUACGUCGCCUUACGUUCACGCGAAGAAGAUUGCUUAUCCCGAAGGUGUCAAGCCUCGUACUACUAUUACCCAAAAAGACAGUCUCAUUGCUGAAAAUGUGACAGUCGAGGAAAAGACAUCUAUCAAGGAGACUGUGAUCGGCGCUGGUUCGCAGAUCAACGAGGGUGCUAAGCUUUCUCAAUGUCUACUGAUGGAAGGUGUAGUUGUCGGCAAAGCCUGCAAGCUGACGCGUUGCAUCAUUGGAAGGAGGGCCGUCAUUGGAGAUGGAUCCGUUCUAACUGAUUGCGAAGUCCAAGAGAAUCUUCUCGUUGAAGCGAAGACUGACGACAAGAACAAUAAGCUCAUGAGCUCUGAGGGUCUGGAGGCCACACAAGCUGAGAUGGAUGAGGUGCUUCAGGACAUGGACGCUGAAGCCGAACAAGCAGUGAUGGACUAA